GCCCUACAACUACUCUGACCACCAGGGGGGCACCAACGCCCCCUCCUACUACAGCCACGCAGGGGCCAGCCAAGGCUCCAGCCUGUUCUCCACUUACAGCUACAUGAGCAGUCCCACCCACAGGUCCAUGUACACCCCCACAGCCGACAGCCCGGGGGGGCCUCCCAUCCCACAGAACAGCCCCCAACACUGGGAGCAGGCUCCAGUUUACACCCAACUCACCCGGCCCUGAGCAGACUGAGACACACACACACA